AUGGGUCUGAGGAUCCGGCGCCGGAUCCGCAGACGACUCACGUUGCCGUCGUGUCCCACUACCUGCACCCCCCCCAACACGUCUCUGUUCGUAAGGAACGUGGCCGACGACACCAGGUCCGAAGAUUUACGAAGAGAAUUUGGUCGUUAUGGUCCUAUAGUUGAUGUGUAUGUUCUACUUGAUUUCUAUACGCGCCGUCCAAGAGGAUUUGCUUAUGUUCAAUUUGAGGAUGUCCGUGAUGCCAAAGACGCUUUACAUAAUUUGGACAGAAAAUGGAUUUGUGGACGCCAAAUUGAAAUACAGUUUGCACAGGGGGAUCGGAAGACUCCAAAUCAAAUGAAAGCCAAGGAAGGGAGGAAUGUAUACAGCUCUUCACGCUAUGAUGAUUAUGACAGAUACAGACGUUCUAGAAGCCGGAGUUAUGAAAGAAGAUCAAGAAGCCGAUCCUUUGAUUACAACUAUAGAAGAUCUUAUAGUCCUAGAAACAGUAGACCAGCUGGAAGACCACGGCGUAGCAGAAGCCAUUCCGACAAUGAUAGAUUCAAACACCGAAAUCGAUCUUUUUCAAGAUCUAAAUCCAAUUCAAGAUCACGGUUCAAGUCCCAGCCCAAGAAAGAAAUGAAGGCUAAAUCACAUUCUAGGUCUGCAUCUCACACCAAAACUAGAGGCACCUCUAAAACAGAUUCCAAAACACAUUAUAAGUCUGGCUCAAGAUAUGAAAAGGAAUCAAGGAAAAAAGAACCACCUAGAUCCAAAUCUCAGUCAAGAUCACAAUCUAGGUCUAGGUCAAAAUCUAGAUCAAGGUUUUGGACUAGUCCUAAGUCCAGUGGCCACUGA